CGCCCUCUGGCUCCCCGGGCCCGACGCCGUGUACCCGGUGCGGGUGCCGCCGGCCCUCAUGGCGGCCCCCGGGACCGCGGGGGGCUCUGUCCUGAAAGAUGUAGUGGCAUAUGUUGAAGUAUGGUCAGCCACUGGCACAGAAAAUUAUUCAAAGACGUUUACAAACCAGCUUGCGGAGAUGGGGGCAAAGGUUUCAAAAACUUUUAACAAACAAGUAACUCACGUUGUCUUCAAAGAUGGAUACCAGAGCACUUGGGACAAAGCACAGAAGAGAGGCGUGAAGCUCGUGUCAGUGCUCUGGGUUGAAAAAUGCAGGACAGCUGGAGUACACAUUGACGAAUCACUGUUCCCUGCGGCUAAUACUAAUGAACACUUACCAAGCCUAAUUAAAAAAAAACGAAGGUGUAUGCAGCCCAAAGAUUUUAUUCCUAAAACACCAAAAAAUGAUAAGAGACUUCAAAAGAAAUUUGAGAAAAUGGCUCAGGAGCUGCAAAAGCAAAAAACAACUCUAGAUAAUGGUGUACCUGUUCUCUUAUUUGAGUCUGAUGGUUCGUUGAUGUAUAGUCCCACAAUUAAAAUGUACAGUGGUCACCACAUCGGAAUGGAGAAGAGAUUACAGGAGAUGAAGGAGAAAAGGGAAAAUCUUUCCCCUGCCUCUUCUCAGAUGAUUGAAAAUUCUCAGGAUAACCCAGUUAACUCCACGCGUGAAGAGUCUUUGACCAUUUCACAUGAUACUUUGUAUUCAGAUGAAUCCUUUGCUGGUGGUCUACACUCAUCUUUUGAUGAUCUUUGUGGAAACUCAGGAUGUGGGAAUCAGGAAAGGAAAGUGGGAGGAUUUGUUGAUGAAAUCAAAGGUGAUAUGUGUGUUUCGUCACCUGUAUUGAAAACAAGUAGUAUUCAUUUAUCAGCAUCUCCCGGUUACCUCAGUCAAUUAACGCCACAGAAAUCCAUGAGUAACUUUUCAAAGGAAGAAAUAAAUUGGCAGAGAGAUCGUGUGGGUGAAGUAGUCACUCCUGACACAAAGCAUUCUGAAAGAAUAUCUAAGGAGAUGUUUGAUAUGAAGCGUAGUUUGUCUCCUGAGUUAUCUGCAACAAAAGGCCACCCUGUGGGACAUUCACGACCCAAGAGUUCCUCAGCAAAGAGAAAAAUAACAUCAGAGAACUUGCCUUCACCUCCAAAAGAAAAGCUAAAGAGAAAGAGGUGUAGCGGGAAAGCCGCUGUGCCAAAACUGCAGCUGUUUAAGUCAGAACACAGCCUACAGUUUAGGACGAGAUCUGUUCCCGAGACUGCUGACUGCGGGGAGUCCUCUUACGAUGAUUAUUUUUCACCUGUUAAUCUUAAGGAAAGGAAUUCAGAGAACCUUCUUCCUGGAUGUCAGUCAUCAUCAAGCCCUGCCCAGUUCAACUGCAGAAGGAAUCUUUCUAAGAGGGAGAGAACAACCAUCUUAGAAAUGUCGGAUUUUUCCUGCAUUGGUAAAAAUGGCGGAUCAGUUGGCAUUACCAAUUUAACAACAGAAACCAGCCCCCGUCUUCAGAGACCUACAAAUGACAAAGGAAACACAACAUUGGGUUGCGUGGCUUUUAAGGAAGUGUCUGCUACUGAGGAAACUCCAGGGUUUUGUGGACAGGCUGCCCUUCAGACAAAAGAAGACGUGAGCGCAGAUGGAAAAAGUCUCUCUUCCUGCACCGUUGAACUCACUCUUCAGAAAGCACAUGUAGCAAAAGAGCAUCAUGGUGAUUCAACUCCUUUGAAAGGCAGCAAUAAAGAAAUGAAGGAAUUAAGUGACGUAAAAACCAGGCAGAAGGAAGAUACUACUUCUAAAAUGUUGAAUUCCUCUGAAGGUGAAACACAAAGUGAUUAUAAGCUAAAUUUUGUAGAUGAUUGUAAUGUGGACAAAUCUACAGAAGAAAGAGAAAACUUACCCAGAGAAUGUAGUGAAAGUGUUAAAAAUGGACCAACAAGGCGUGACAUUUUAGAUGGCUCAUGCGAAGGCUUUAAGGACCUCAUCAGACCUCAUGAGGAAUCAAAGAAAAGAGGGAAAGGCCAAAAGCCAACAAGAACAUUAGUCAUGACAAGCAUGCCAUCUGAAAAGCAGAACGUCAUCAUCCAGGUUGUGAGUAAAUUGAAGGGCUUUUCAUUAGCCCCGGAAGUGUGUGAAACUACCACUCACGUGCUUGCCGGGAAGCCUCUGCGGACCCUGAAUGUGCUACUGGGAAUUGCGCGUGGCUGCUGGAUUCUCUCUUACGAGUGGGUACUGUGGUCUUUGGAAUUGGGUCACUGGAUUUCUGAGGAACCGUUUGAACUUGCUAACUACUUCCCUGCAGCUCCUAUUCGAUCACUCAGCACAAGGUCUGUGCCUCUGAAAACUACCUGUUGCUGCAGUGACGGUGUCGUGUCACUCAACACGUGGCUGCUGCAGACAGCUCACAAAGUUGUCUUUGGACAGUCAAGUGAGAAACAAAACUGUGAGGAGAAGGAACUGACAUAAAAAGGAAGCCUUUCUAUAUCAUCACGUUUGCCCUGUGGGUGUUGUGGGUUUCGUAUAAAGAAGCUCCUUUGUGUGACUUUUGGAUGUCUGAAUGUGUGUUUCAGAGAAGCCCUGACCAGCCCUACUGCCUUUUCUAGACAAUGCAGUCUUUGUAUCUUAGUAACGAUCAUAAUUAAAAGGUCACAGAACCUUUGUCAUUGAAGCACCAUACUGUGAAAUAAAGAGUAGGAAUUAAUUUAAAUUGUUUUAUUGCUGAGAACAAUCGAAGAACCCCCUAAGUCUCUUGGUUAGACUCGAAGAUCUUUAUUAACGUAUCAUAUACUAGACAUGAAGGAUACUGAUCAACUAUUGGGGUUACUUUUUACGUACCUGAGAUUCUUAAGGAACUUAAUGAGGAAGGUGUGGCGAGCACAAUUACUGGUAAUUAGUGCCAUUAGAGCAGCCCUACUUCUGGAAGCUUAGUUUAUGGUGAGGAGAGCAUCGCCAGCAGGAGAUCACGGCCUCCAUUGGCCUCCAUGAUGCCUGCUGUCCUGGAGAGGAAAUUGGCAGUGGGGCUGAAUCAUACACACGCUGACUGGUCACCUUCUACAGGAGAGAAACGCUGAAUCCCAUCAAGGUUGAAGGUGCCACUAAGGCUCCCUCAUGAUACUGUUCCCUCUCCACGUUGUUCCACUCUUGCUCCUCUCAGCUGUUAUUCCUACCUCAACAAAUAUAAUGGGUCAACUUCUAGAAUACCUUCAAAAAAGGAGGUAACAAUGCACAUGGAAUUAAUGAAGGGUUUUCUCUUAGUUUUAAUAUAGUGUAUUAUAAGACUCAUGCCCCAGCAACAGUUGAAUCUCAGUACAACUCAGCAGGCCUAAGUCUAUUCCUUCCAUGUUGGAAACCCUGUUUCACUAUAUCCACUAGCAUCCUGGGCUUGACUACUUUGAAGCUCAGGUACUUUGGCAGAGCUCCCACAACACCAAAAACUCCUGAGGAGGCUGACAGAAAUUGUGCUGACUCCUGUUGGGGACAAGCCACAAAGAACUUGCCAUCCCCACCACCCCCGCAUUGGCCAUAGAGUGCCAUCCAUGCUGUCUGCCCACCCAGGCCUACAUCCUCAGUGCUAAGUUCUGGUUCCUGAUGCUGGCCUGCCAGUGGCCAGUCAGGAUUCUCUUCCUAAAUGCCAUCGUUUUAUAAGGACACUGAUUUGUGCCAGGCAUUACACUAAGCAUUUUAUAUGUGGUACCUCAUUUAAUCCUCCCAACAAUCCUAAAAGUUAGUUACUACGGGUCUGCAAUCCCUUACCCAAAACACGUAGGGCUAAAAGUCCCUCAGAAUUCUGAUUUUUUUUUAAAUUUUGAAAGGUAUGUGGCUCUCACCAUUUCUAUUGAAUAUUGUAUUGAAGAUUCUACCCAGAGAAGGCACGAAAAAGGAAUUAAAGGCAUACAGAUUGGAAAUGAAGACGUAAAACUAUUCUCAGAUCACAUGAUACUAUGUGUAGAAAAUUAUAAAGAAUCAAAGAAUAAGCAAGUUUAGUAAGAUUACAGGAUACAAAAUAAAUAUACGAAACUAACUGAAUUGUAU